AUGUGGAUCCAAGUCUAAUAAAGAGUCAUUCUGAAUAAUCUACUUGAAUUUCAAGGUAAAAUAAAAUUAAAGACCCCUUUCAACCUCCCUUUAGUAACGGCUCAAAAUCUUCCAGAUAAGAACUGAGAAAUGAAAUGGAAUAAUUGACCCAAAACAAUCACAAUUUUGACCAAUGAACCAAAUGACACAAAGGAAGAUCUCGAGAGUGAUCUCGGAGAACAUGGGACAGACUGGGAGAAAUAGAAACAGAUUAAGAGAGGGGAAGAAGAGACUCAGAGAGAUGGUUAAACUCCUAAGGAUCCUUGACUCCAAAAGUAUCCUCUCCCAUUCGCAAUGCAGUCGAUAUAAUGUUGAUCAGCCCAUGAACGUGCGAGAGAGGCCCACGAUCCUUUGCCCACAUUCACCACAUUCACCACGAUCCAUUCUUCCGUAAGAUUUGGUUGACCGCCCGUUUGACUUGGUCGAGUGAGAACGUGGUGUUUCCAUUUACAACAUCUUCGUUCGUGCGUGGGAGGUUGCUUAAAGGACUUCAUCAGUAUCCUUCUCACCUACGUUUAGAGGUCAGGGGCUUCCUUCUCUUCUCUGCAAUGUUCUACAUCUUGCCGGCAUUGCGACCCUAGGAACCCCCCAGUGGGAACUCCAGAGAGACCACAAGGAAGUCGUCCGCCGCCUUGCCGUCCAACAGGGUGUGGACUUGCCACUGCGAGUGCAUCGUCAGGUGAGCACCUAGGUAGGUGCUCUGACCAUGGAAAAUGGUAGAUGUUCUUCAACCCCUUCUUCUGGCACUUCAUUCACAGCUUCCUUUUUGACCAGCAGCUUCCUCAGAGGUUCGGCAAUGGUUUUCUGGUCUCGCAGUUUGGCUUGCAGCCCGUCAUCCAGCACCUGAACUCCAUGAUGAUGGCGAGUUCCCGGAAGCAUUUUAUCGAGGUAGAGAACAUCUGUCAGAGUACGAAAUCUAUUCAGUACAUUAUAAAAAUAACAAUUAGUUCCAUAUAAAUCAACUUUUGACUGUAUUUCUUGUUAGCAGCACAGAGUAACGGUGCCAUGAAUUUUACAGCAAGUUCAGGAAGUGUACCCGGCAUGGUCAAUGCGUUCAUGUCGAGAGAGAUCGAGAUUGGGAUAGAGAGUAAGGGAGGGAGGAAUAGAAUAGUCCAACGUUGACCUAAGACACUAUGGAACAAGUAGAUGAGAUGGAGCGGUGUUCGACGGAACCAUGGGCAGAGAUCCUUCCGUCAUUGUAGCCGUCAGCAGCAGGUCCAAUCAUAGCAUCGUAGCUCAUUUAUAACAGUGAUGAUGAUUUUACAUAAACAAUAUCAUUUAAUAUAAGAAAUAAUGUAACCAUUUCUUAAUAUUCCUGGGAAUACAUGUAUAGAUUUACUUUUUCUAUCGAAUCGUUCAUCCCGCUACCAUCCAUGUAUAAUAAUAGCUCAUCUCCAAACUUUUUUACAUUUUUUUGUAAUAAUUCCAUUACUAAUGAAGCAUUCCCCUCGUAGACUUUAUAUUCUUCUUCAUACUCAUUCUAAAUGAGAAAAAAUAAUUUAAAUUUAUUGCCAAGAACACCUGCAAAAAAAGAUUUUUUUAUGUGAUGAAAUAUACCGAAAAGCAAAGUAGUCUGGUAUUGACUUAAGUGUUAACUCUAUCCAUUAAACUAAAUAUUUUGUUCUACUAGGAUUGCGAUAAAGAUAUCAUUCGAGGAUUUCAAUAAAAAAUGACAAUGACAUGUUGAUACUAAACGUGGUAUAUUAAAAAUAAAUAAACAUUUUAAUAUGCAUUUGUCAUGUUGAUACUUUAAUGUCGGCUCUCAUACAUUUGAAUGAGACUUCUUCAUAUGACAACGUCCCAUCCUCAUCGCUUCUAAGGUCCUUAUUGUGACACUUCAUCUCAGUCAACCUCAAGCCUCUAUUUUUUAUAUAUAUUUGCAUAAACUUUAUAUACUUAACAAUAGCGAAAUGAAGCAAAAUUCAACGAUGGCCCAGUAGUUGGGGUGGCCAGUUUCUGGUCUUUCUUCUCGACCUAG